GUGAGCGCAACAUUGUAAACAAACUCUCCAGUCGCUUCAUGUAACAGCCGUUCGCCAGAGAGCGUUCAACGCGAACUAACUAGUCAACUCUAGUCAUAUUAUGAGUGACGCCCCAACGAAUAGCGCAUGAACUUGCAGAUGACCUUUUUGCGCAGCUAAACAUGGGUGUGAAGGGAUUGCAGUACUUCAUGGAGACAUGUUGCCCAGACACUUGUGCGCCAGUGGACCUGAAACAGAUGGCAUUGAAUCAUGCCAAAGCCCAUCCGGACAGCGCCGCCACGCUAGUAGUGGAUGGAAUGGCCUGUUUAAGAUACUGGUAUCGCUGUCAAGCUUGGGUUCAUGGUGGUCAGUGGCAAGAGUAUAUGCAUAUCCUUCAAGAAUUUGUCGAUGCAUUCACGGCUGCGGGCAUACGCUUAGUCUUCUUCUUCGACGGAACGGUCGAGGAGCAAAAGCGGGGAGAAUGGGUGAAGAGGCGUCUGAGAGUCAACCAAGACAUAGCAAGAAUAUUUCAGCACAUUAAGACUCACGGUGAGCAGCCAAACAGCAGAGACCUUUUCUGCCUUCCCUCUGGACUCGCAACCUUCUCCAGAUUUGCCCUCAAAAGCCUUGGUCAAGAAACAAGAUGCUCGGUCCGAGAAGGAGAUUAUGAGAUUUCCGACUAUGCUUUGUCUCACGGCUGCAUGGGCAUCCUUGGGCAAGAUACUGACUUUGUUAUCUACAACACAGCCCCAUACUUGUCCAUCAGUAAACUCAAUUUAAACAACAUGACAACAGUUCAGUUCUCCAGAGAGAGGUUAUGCCAAGUUUUGAAGCUGCAUAUGACUGACCUUCCUCUCUUGUCCUGUCUGUUGGGUAAUGACAUAGUGCCAGAGCAUCAAAUGCAGCGUCUUCGCAACAGCGCUUUGGCGUCAUAUCGAAAUAAACACACGCAAGUUCAGGGAGACAAGGUCUACGCUGUUGCAGAGUUCAUUACUGCUCAUCAUCCCAGCAGGGAGGAAACACUGAUGUUAGUUGAAGCAGAGGAAGAAGCUUUAAAAAAGGGAAUACGCAUAUAUUUACUUCCAGGGCAAACGUCCCCUUGGUUAAAGUGCAGCCGUCCCUUUCCUGAGUCUGUGCGUUCUGGGUACAAGUAUGUACCCAGUGAAAUAUUACAGGCAGCGAUGGAGAAGCACACACGGGCAGAGUGUUUCCUGGUCUAUAACGUGUUGUAUGAUGGAGUCGUGGACUGCAGUAACUCAUUGGAGGAUGAGGAUGAGGUCGAGUUACCACCGCAGGCCGUCUUAUAUCUGCCUGUACGAGAACGCAUCUAUGGCCUGUUACUGCCGGUCCAGCCAGAUUGUUACGGUCACACUGUGUCAGUCAAGGAAUGGUUCGUUUUCCCAGGAAAUCCACUUCAGGAGCCUACCAGAGUCACUCCAAAACCCCUCAACUAUACAAAAGGGCCCCCUGAUCUGAUGGCCCUGUGGUUUAGGACAGACCCAGACGUGAAAACAAUCCAAGAAUCAACACUCCUGGAUGUCUUUGACCUGUAUGAGUUUACUGAAGAGCUGAAGCAGUUUGACAGCCCUAUGAUUGCUGUGAUUUGUCUUGUAACCUACAUUGCCAUUCAGACGAGACAGCUUUCUCUGGAAGACGUAGAUGCAUAUCUGAGCCAAGCUGUUUGUGUCAGAUUCAAAUCCUUCACAGAAAUGCAACAGCUCAGGACCCCUGUUGUAGACCCUAGGGCCGUCCAGCUCGGCUCUCUCUUUGUGCGCGGUCUGACCUACCUCAUCGCAGCCAACAGUGCAUGUGGUUUCCCUUUCCCAAUGGGUGAGCUCAUGCCGUGGAAGACCUUUGACGGCCUGCUCUUCCAUUCAAAGUAUCUGCAAGCCCACUCAGGCAGUCCAAAAGAAGAGCUUCUCGAAGGCAAUCCCUCCUGGAUAUCUUUGUUCCUGUCCGUCAGAGAGCUGGUGCUGGGAGCCUGCAGGAGACGCGGCACCCCCGUCCAAAGCCAACCACGCAGACUACAGUACAGAGAUGCGUGGCCUGUGGAGGUGGAUGAUAUGCGUGGAGAAAGCCGACCCCAGCUCCAUCACACCACACAGCAGCCCACAGCUUCAGCACACUACCAGCAAGGUUAUAGACCAAGACCAAGACAUCCAAAGAGAGGAAGGUAUCAGCUUGCACCAAGAUGGCCAAAGUCUCAAAACACAGACUGAUGAAAAGAAAUUACUCUUGUGGAAACAAUUGUCACCCACAGAACAAAGCACUAAUAAACUGCAUUCUCAGAUGCGAAUGUUCAUGUUCAUGAUAUGGACGCCUUCAUUUAGAUUUUGCCCUUUUGUUUUGACUUCAGAUGAUUAGUGACAGAUGUAUUUGCAGUAUUUGUGCAUCACUCAACUUAAAAACAUGAAAUAGUGCAUGAAUGUGCAGUUUUACCAGGCGGAUAGGGAUAAGCCUGUGUUAUCACUGAACACAGAUAAUUCUGUGUUCAGUGAUAUCCUGAAAAGCCCUCAGAAUUAUAUCUUAUAGUGAGAUUACAGUCUUUUUUCUUUUCCAUGGGGAUGAUAUGAAUCAGUGACCAAAAUGGAAGCUUCCUAAACUGUGUGCCAAACCCAUUCAUUCAGCUCAGACCCUAAUUAGUGUCAGAUGAUGAUCUCUUACCUUUCAACUACUGGUUUGACGUUGACUCCAGUUCUUCGCAGUUAAAAAUAUUUUUUUGUCUUCCUCAACACAUUUCGAUUCUAGAUUUUCAAGCAGCCAUUCUUUAAAAAAUUGUUAAUAAUAAUGUGUGUCAUAGCGUUGAAAGUCGCGGUUAAUGUGAUCCAAAGCAGCCGGAUGGAGAGAUGUUUGGACAGAAUCGUGGUUUUGGCAUAUCAUGACCAAAAUGCUCCCACUUCAACCUCAUAUUUUGUUGAUAGUCUGUUUCAUGACCAUCAUGUCUGUAUGUUCUAGUAUUGCAAACUUUUUGUUUGCUCAUGCACUAUUUUAUGUCAUGCAAACAUUAAAAACAACCUGAAAUAUUACAAGUAUUAAAUGUUUGUUCAAGA